ACUAACUGGAAAUGUGGACUUGUUUCUGUCAUAAUUUUAGUACAACUUAUCGGCAAUCGUUUUAAAAGUUCCUUUCCGUCGUUUAAACGCGUUUCAAAGGUUUUGAAGAAGAUCAGCACAUCAUCUUAAUCAGAACCAACAAGUAUGAAUUUAAGAUCACGCAAUACCUUAUUCAUGAAAAACUAAAAUGUUACUAGUUCGUCUUUUACCCCCCAUAAACCUUAAAAACUUGCACGUUGCAAAACAUGUUUUAAAAUUGCAUUACUCACCUGUCCGUAUGACACAAGUUAUUCUAACAAUAGAAACCCGACAUAAAUAAUAAUUAAUAAUCACAUAUUGCUGCCAAAAUAUUUGAGAACUGUCAACAACAAACUGAUCGGUACGACGUUCGUUUCAGACUUCACAUUUUUACACUGUUUCGAAUAACCAUAAAUUGCUUGUAUACAACUAGUUCACAUAGCGUCGUACUUUAGAAGAAGCGAUCAAAGCAAGAUGUUCUUGAUAAUUGAUAACAUAUAAUUAUCUUAGCAUUGGCGAGCGUAAAUAUCAUGAACUCUACAGUUCCACAUCUUUUUGAAAUGAUUGACGCGCCGCAGACAUCCCCUUGGUUCCAUUACAUAACCGGUAUUGUAUUACUUAUAACAAAUAUUGGAUCUGCAUUAACUAAUGGAUCGGUUCUCUUUCUACUUUUCGUGAAAAACAGAAAACUGCUAACACGGGCAAACCAAUAUAUAGCGACAGUAUGCUUGAUUUCUUUCACAAUGUCAGUGUUUGGUGUACCCAUGGUGGUCAUGUCAUGCUUCAAUGAAGUGUGGCUUUUUGGUGACACUGGAUGCAAAUACUACGCUUUUCUGAUGUCAUAUGGUGGACUAACUUCUAUGUUACUGCUCUGCAUGGAUUCGGUUGAUAAAUAUAUUUACGUCGUAAAACAUAAACUAUCACGUCGAUUGACCUCAAACUUUAGUAUCAGUGCCAUAAUUGGGUCCAGUGCUGUUGCUUUGGGAUUUGCAGUAGGUCCCCUCGUAGGAUGGAACCAGUACAUUUACGAGGGAAUCGGAACAGCCUGCGCAAUAGACAUGAUUGGAGAAAACAACAAUGGGCAAUCAUUUGUCAUUUCAUUGCUUGUUGUCUUUUUUGUCUUACCUGUUUCAGUAAUGAUAUUUUCAUAUGGAUCAAUUUACGUCAAGGUGAUAAAGGAGUCAAACGCUCAUUUGAGGUCCAAUUGUAAGCGGAUAAGGAUGAACCAACUGACAAUGGAAAAAGAACUGGCUAUUACCGUUAUAAUAAUCAUAGGUUUUUUUCUGUUAUGUUACUCACCUUACGCAAUUUUACUUUUUUGGAAAUUAUUGAACAAAGACGUUACCAUGGAUCCCAUGUUAAUGGCCAUUCCUAGCAUGAUGACCAAAAUUGGUGGAAUCUUUACACCGUUUGUUUAUUUAGGACGCAAUAAAAACAUAAGGCAACAAGUCUUAGACUUGUACGCAUUCUUCAAACAAUCUGGUACCGUUACCCCGGAUGUCACUCAAAUUCGAGGCAUUGUACCACCACUUCAUCAAAUUCAAAUCAAUAUUAAAAAAACAACCAUCACAGAAAUCGAAUGCAUAUCGAAAGAAAUCACCGAAGAUGAAAUUAUAUCUAAGGACAGCCUUCAAACUGCAUGUCAAUCACACCCAUGUGAUCAAUGCAGUGAUCAACUAGAAGUCAUCUUAGCUAACAGACAUUUCAUUCAUAAUGUACAAACAUUGGUGCCGGACAUACUAGUAUCGAAACUGGAGCCAAAACCAGAAGCUUGGACCUGAAUGGAAUGUGCCAAAAAAGAAGAAAGUUUUAUGCAUGGAUAAAACCCUGAAAAUUAUAAACCUACAAAACUGUAUCACAAUUCUAAGAUGUACGGGAAAGCUAUUUACUUCAGUUCUAAACUCAAGGCUUUUAAUUUUUUGGGGAAAUUAUUUUUUUGUUAAUUGAAAAUCAAUCAAAAUUUAGAAAAGGCUAUUCGACCAUAGAUAGUUUUUUGGAUUUACAUAUUCUUUUUAAACUUUUGAAGAUGCGAAAGAAAACACUUUUAUGUGCUUUUACAGACUUCAUAAAAGCCUUUGACACAGUCUGGUGAUCUGAUGUAUGGCAUAAAAUUCUCGCGAAUUCUGUCAGUUUGAUUAUAUUACAAAUAUGUACAGUAAUAUUAAUUAUAGUAUGUACUAUCAGUGUAUUUUCCAUGUAACGUAGGUGUGUGUCAAGACGAAAGUGUCUCAUUUAUAUAGGUUUCAUUGUAUAAACGAUCUUAAUAAUAAGGAUGUUCUUGUCCCAGACGGAUUACCCUGGUCGUAUUGGUCACAACGUUUUGGAACUUUUGGUCCUCGGUAAUCUUCAACUUUGUAAUUUCUUUGGCUUUCAAAUUUUUUUCAUCUGAGCGUCGCUGGUAAGUCUUGAGUGGACGUUGCGCUCGUCUGGCAUAUAUAAAUUUUAACGUGGUACUUUUUGUUGGCUAUUAUUGUUUGUUUCUCUGUCCUAUGUUUUCUCCAAUUUAUUUGUAUUGUAGUCCUUUCAUGUAAUGUUGUCAUUUUAAUGUUAUAAUCAACAUUGCCGUUAAAGCUGGAGGUUUGGCAUGCCAUAAAAACAGGUUCUUUUUUUUUCUUAAAUUGCCAUGUACUAAGUCAGGAAAAUGUCCAUUGUUUUAUUAUAGUUCGUUUCUGUGUGUGUUACAUUUUAAUGUUGUGUUUCUGUUGUGACGUAGUUCUCUUAUAUUUGAUACGUUUCAGUUUUAGUUUGUAACCCGGAUUUGUUUGUUCUCUAUCGAUUUAUGAAUUUCGAACAGCGGUAUACUACUGUUGCCUUUAUUUGACAUGUUUUACAAGACAAUGAUGAAGAAGGGUGAAAAAUAGUUUCUGAUGACAAAAAAGUUGAGCUGGACUAUUAUCUAAAGUUUUUUUUCAAAUUCCGUACGCUGAUGACACAGCUCUUCUGGCAGAGUAAAACAUGACUUGUAAAAGCAACUUGACGCUUUGAACCACUAUUGUGAACUUUUGAAAUUGAAGGUUAAUGGAAAUAAAAGCAAAGUUGUCAUU